AGGCUGACUGCUGCUAACAGGUGCCGCUCCAUGUGAGAGCCAGCGGGAUAUGUGCGUGUAGGAGAGAAGGACGUCACCAUGAUGGAGGAGCUGUUCUGUAAACUUGUGACCAUCAUCAUUAAAUGCCGGGACUGUGAGGAGAGGCGAUCCACUGUCAGACUGACUGUAGAAACACAUUGUUUUUCAAAACCUGUAUAUAAGAAGGACCUUAUUGUUCGUCUUUCGGAUGACACAGAUCCAUUUUUCCUGUACAAUCUCACUCUAGGGGAAGAAGAUUUUAUAAGCCUCAAGAACCAGCAAGGAUUACUAGUGGAAUAUUCAGCAUUUCCACAGAGGUUCAUAGAGCUUUUGGAGCAGUGUAUAUCUGAACAAGAAAAGACCGUACCUAGGUAA